GAAAGGCAGCUCACGUAUGGAAUCAUUCCCAGAUUCGAUUUCUACUCAUUUUUUUUCUUUCUGAAACUAACAGCCGACACAAAUUCUUAACAAGUUCCCAAAAACAAUGUCAGAACCCCCGCAAUCGAGAACCAUAUGCCUCAUCGGCGACAUCCACGGCCACAUGACCAAACUCCAAAACCUCUGGUCAAAUCUCGAAAACACCAUCCACCCACCACACUUUAAAACCGCCACAAUCAUCUUCUUAGGCGAUUACUGCGACAGAGGCCCUCAAACUCGCCAAGUAAUUGACUUUCUCAUCUCCUUACCUUCCCGUUACCCUAAUCAGAAACACGUCUUCCUCGCCGGGAACCAUGAUUUCGCCUUCACCGCUUUUCUCCACCUCCUCCCGCAACCGGUUGAUGGGUCUGAGUUUUCGGAAGGGUGGAAGGAGUUUGAGGAUAGUGAGGAGAGAGAAGGGUGGUUUAAGGGGGAUGGGUAUGAGAAAAUGCAUGUGCAAGGGAGAAGGUGGAGUGGGAAUAUAAAGGCUAAAUUUAAUGUUGCUAAGGGUAUUGAGUAUCAGGGUUCUAUUAAUGAUGCUAGACCCACUUUUCACUCUUAUGGUGUUCCCCACGGAUCACCAGAUUUAGUUAAGGCAGUUCCUGAUGAGCAUAAGAAAUUUCUCGCGGAUUUGGUUUGGGUCCAUGAAGAGGAUGAAGUCUUUAUGAACACUGAUGAUGGGGUUAAGUGCUGCAAGUUGAUUGCUGUUCAUGCCGGUUUGGAGAAAGGUGUAGAUGUGAAAGAGCAGUUGAAAUAUUUGAAAGCUCGAGAUACUGGAAUACCUAAGGUGCAGCCUCUAAGUGGUAGAAAGAAUGUAUGGGAUAUUCCUGAGGAACUAAGAGCAAGUUCAACUAUCAUUGUUAGUGGUCACCACGCAAAACUCCAUAUUGAUGGCUUAAGGUUGAUAAUUGACGAAGGUGGUGGAUUCCACGAAAAACCAGUAGCCGCGGUUGUUCUUCCUUCCAUGAAAACUAUCCGGGACACCGAUGUAUUGACAAAGUAGAUUCAUAUUUGUGAUAGGUUUUUUGGGCAUAAACCCUCAAUUUAGUCUCUAAAUUCUAUUACUCCCUCCUUAUUCUGAAUGUAAGUAAAGCAUCUGUUUCCUUGAUCAAUGGCAUCGUUCUGAUUCUGUUAGUUUUGAAGUGAGUUAAACUAUUCUUAGAUUAUUUUUGUUACACUUUGUUUCAUUUAGUAUGAAUUAGACUCUGCUAAAUGCUAGAUCAACGUUGUUUGGCUGUAA